AUGUCAUCUAUCCGGGUAGCCAUCAUUCAAUGGCAUAUCAAGCCACUCGCCCCAGAGGAGAACUACGCAACAGCGUGCUAUUAUAUCCGCCAAGCUGCCGCAGACGGAGCACAGCUGGCAGUAUUACCAGAAUAUCAUCUGAGUGGCUGGGUCCCGGACGAUCCUCGCUGGAGCGAGCAGGCAGGGCAGUCGACCACGUAUCUCGAGAACUACAAAGCCCUAGCCCGAGAACUGAAGAUCUGCCUUGUACCAGGCACUCUCAUCGAGAAACAAUCCCGAUCCAACCCGACCAGCGAAGAGAAAGACUUUCGCCUCUUCAAUGUCGCCCACUUCAUCUCCGACAACGGCACAAUCCUGGGCUCGUAUCGCAAAAAGAAUAUCUGGCAUCCGGAGCGACCUCAUUUGACCUCUUCCACCCAUGAGCAACACGCAGCUAUUGAGACACCCCUCGGACGAAUCGGAUUACUGAUCUGUUGGGACUUGGCCUUCCCCGAGGCCUUCCGUGAACUGAUUGCCGAUGGAGCAGACGUGAUUAUCAUUCCUACUUUCUGGACCCCUCAUGAUGCAUCUGCCGAGUGUCUUCGCGUCAAUCCCAACUCAGAAGCGCUCUUCCUCGAAUCCACGCUCACUGCACGCUGCUUUGAGAAUACCUGCGGUAUUAUCUUUGUCAAUGCCGCGGGUCCAAAGGAGGACUUUUUGGGUCUAUCCCAGGUGACCCUUCCUCUUGUGGGACCGAUCACGAAAAUGGGCAACGAGGAAGGGCUGCGCGUGGUGGAUAUGGAUCUGAAUAUCUUGAACAUGGCCGAAAGAAAUUAUAAGGUGAGGUAUGAUAUUGGCUCGGAAGACUGGCACUAUUCAUACAGACACUCCAGCAUCUCUAAAUGA